CAGCAAGCUGUCAUUAUAGAGUGUACGUCACCACUGUAAAUAGAAGUGCGGAGCGCCUCUGAGGAAUACUGAAGUAGAAAUUCCUCGGAGCUAUAAGUUCCAGGUCUUCAUAUCCGUACGGAAGAAAAAAGUUUGUGUUCAAUCCAAGCGGUGUUCAUUGUCCGAUAUUAACAUGGCCUCGUCUCCAGUUUUAAACCCUGAUAUUCCCUACGUUGGCGAUGUAGAGGGUGGACUAUUUCCUGGCAAAAUGGUCAAAGUCCAGGGAAAAAUACCGCCGCAAGCAGUUCGUUUUGCAAUAAAUUACCAGCUAGGACCGAAUAUAAACCCCCGAGAUGAUAUAGCCAUUCAUGUAUCGCCUCGAUUCCCAGAAGGUUUUGUCACCAGAAAUCAUAUAGAGUCGAUGAGCUGGGGAAAUGAAGAAAACGAAGGACCCCUUUGGCUGGUACCGGGUCAAGAAUUUGAGAUAAUUAUUUUGUGCGAGCAGCCUUGUUACAAGAUCGCUAUCAACGGCAGGCACUUCACAGAGUUUGCCCAUCGUUUACCCUAUGAAAAAGUAACUCAUUUGGUCAUCGACGGUGAUGUCGAAGUCAAUUCCAUCAAAUACGAAAGCGGCACUCCUGCCGCCCCACAGGCACCAAGGGCACCAAUCGUGCCAGACGUUCCCGCAGCUGAUUUUGGACCACCAGGUCCAGGAGGCUUGUAUCCAACCUUGAAAAAUCAGGAUCCUGUGGGACCUCAGGGCGGCGGUUACCAGCCUCCCGGUAAUUAUGGGUCACAUCCGGAUGCCUAUGGUGGAUCCGGCGGAUACAAUCCACCGAGAGCUUACGGCUAUCAGCCGGGCUAUGAAAAGCCUGAAGAAGAAGAAGCAUUCGGAGGAUGUUUGGACAAAGUGGGUCUUGCCCUUGGAGGACUUGCUGCAGCUGGUGGUGUUGCGGCAGUUAUGCAUGCCAUGAAUAAAAAAAAGGAACAAGAGCAAGAACAUGAGAAAUCAGAUGGUUCCAAGACGCAAUCAGAAGGAGGUUUUGGCGGUUUUGAUAUGGCUUCCAUUGGCACCGCUCUGGCAAGCACGCUGGCUUCUGGUGCUUUACAAGGUGACAAUAGAUCUUAUCCCCAAAGCGGCUAUCCUCCUCAUGAUUCCAAUAGCGGUGGCGGUGGCGUACUGGGAUCUAUCUUAGGAGCACUUGGCAGUGGAGGUGGCAGCGGUGGUGGGCACCAGCCAUCGUAUGCGCCACAGCAAUCCGGAGGAGGCGACGCGUUCGGUGGAGCCUUGAGCUCGAUUCUGGGCGGCGUUCUUGGAGGCGGAGGAGGAGGAGGAGGAAAUCAGCAACCGAGUUACCAGCCAGGUUAUCAGCCUGGAUACCAGCCCUCCGGAGGAUACAAUUAUCAGCCAUCGGGUGGAUACCCUUCGAAUCAAGGUUCUGAUGGUUCCAAUCUUUUAUCAGGAAUCGGUUCCGCCAUUGGAUCAUCGCUCUUCAGUUCUGCUCUAGAUGGGCUAAGCAAGCAUGGCAAGGACAAACCUCAAGGAUAUAACAACCACUCACAGGGCCCAGUCAACUAUGGAAUGCAAAAUGAUUCUCACAGCACUCGACCCGCCUCAGGUCAAGCAGAUCCGCCUUCGUCUGGCGGAGGCACCAAGCUUACGGCUGCAGAAAUUUCUCGUGGACUUGGUCUUGGCGACGACGAAGACUAAUAAGUACAUUCUUGAUGGUACAAUGAAAAGUGUCCGCAUGGCUGUAUUUCCAUUUCUUAUACAAUAAGAUACUGAUAUUAUGUUGCUAGUUAAUUGAAACCUUGAUACUCCUGACUGAUAGAAAUGAACAAACCUAGCGGGAUGCGUUUACGCUUAGGAGUGAAUAAUGUUACAUGCAUACAGUGAGUUCUCAGCGUACAGAAUUUCGUCAAAAGUAGUAUAAUACCGAAACUAAAAUUUCAGGAUAAGAGCGUGACUCAGAAUAUUAUGCAAUAAUUGUCUGUUGAUAAUAUAAUAUGAUUUAAAUAAUAAUAAGAUAUAUUUCGACGACGUUUACCUUGAGAAAAUUAGAAGGUAAUUUAUUAAAAUACAUUGAAAUUUCUGUGGAAUCUAGUUCUAGUAUAUUUUAGAGAGAUCCAUGUGGAAGUUAUUCCUACGGAGCAACAUUUCUACUUAUAUGAGUUAGUUUUUCAAUGCGCAAGCAUACACACAAAGAAUAUCUGAGGUUGAGGGUAAAUUAUCAUCCGUAUGGAACACUUUUCACUAUACCUGAAAGAUCAAGCAAGUGCGGAUAAGAAUGAGAUGUUUGGAGUGUAAACAAGGCCUUGAAAAAUUUAUAGUAUGAUGUAAUUCUCUGUAACGAGUAGAAUCUCUGCUUGGAUUAGGUACAUAAAUUCUAUAAAAUUAUUAACUGUCUACGAAUAUAAUAGCACAAAUUAUAUGCAUGUAAUAAACUUAAUAUUAUAGCCGUUACAUGCUCGUUGAAACAGGCAGGGCGGGUCCCCCGACCUUUUACAGGAGAGAAAAUUAAAAAUUUUAUAGAUAUAUGAUGUUUAAAAUGAAUUUUAAUCGGUUUGACAGGUUGUUUCUUUGUUUUUUUCAUAAAAUGAGUUCCAAAUUACUUUAAUUCUGCAUUUUCGCAAUUUACUGGUACCAAUGUUACAGACUUUAUGAUAUAUACAUAAUGUAUAAGUGAUUUUCAAUCAAAGUAUUCGUAUAAACGGAGAAUGAAAAAACCGUUGACGAGUUUACAAGAUCUGAUGAGGUAUCCUCGGAAUUAUUUACAUGGAUUUAUGAUUAAAUAACUUUUGAUAAUAUUUUUGUUGAUUACUUGCAGCACCUCCCCCGACAACAAAGCUCUCGUUAUUUUGUACAAAUUAUUUAAUUUUUGUAUAAUUCUAAUACUAGUCUAUUAAGCGAAACGUUUGCCUUACAAAUUUCGAUAUGUAAAAUAUUUUAUAAACGCAUGGUUUGCAUCAUGUAGUACAUUACAUUGUAUACAUGUACGAAAAUCCAAUAAACAAUGGAAUUUACGAA